AUGCCUUCCCAAACUCAAGUCUAUGCCUCCAACGACUUUAGCGAGCACGAGGCUCAAGACCAUUUCGCGCAGCAAUUCGACUUGGCAAACCCUGACGCCGCCAGAGACUCCUACCAGAGAAUCAUGCACCAACACACCAAGCAACAAUUUGAGAUGGCCACCACCUCAUCAAGAAGGCGAUCGUCAGGAGGAGACAGCCGCAUGGCUUCCCUGUCAUCUGAGAAGAGCAAUGGCUCCAUCAGUUCGACUUCGUCAUAA